AUGAAAAUUAUCUGUCUUCAUGAUUUGUGGAGUAGAAAGCAAAGAUUUCACAGCUAGCCCAAUACAAUUUAGUGAAACAAUUUGUACCCGGAGAAAUAGAUUUGACUAUAUGUUCCUUCCUUUUGGCCAGCAGAAUAAAACUACCAACUUCUCAAUGUUUGUGAGGAUAUUAUGUCAUAUAAGUGAAAAUGCUUCCUGCAAGAAUGAUAUGCCAUUUUUUUAGCACAUGCUUAACUUUCCCACUGGUUUCUGAGUGCUGAUAGGCAACCGACUCAUGACUUGGAUAACAUGCCUUUAAGAAGAAGGAUAUAAGUUGAGGAGAUCCUGAAGAAACAGACGAACAUAUACAGAAAAUUUUGGAGAAACUAUAAGAUUGGAAUCGACUAGAUUGGAAACGGAGACCAUAACCAACCACUCCACACACCAUUUUGCAGUUUGAGAAAAAUUCUUGCAAGUAAUAUGAUACGAAAGUUCUUUUUAUUACAAAGUUGAUCUAAUGAAUGACAGUUUAUACGGUAAAUUUUUGUAAUUGUUUUUCUAGAAUCAGCACUCCUGUAAACUACCAAUUAACCGGGGCCAAAUAAAAUUUUCACACAAACCUGAUGAACAGCUGGCACACACUCUGCAUUGUACACCAACCCAACAUUUUCCCUGAUAUAAGAAGAAUUCUAUGUACGGGGAUUCUCAGCUAGUUGAAGUAAAAAAUUUAUAGAAGUAGUAGAAGGGGAUGGGAUUCUAUAAAAUGGAUAGACAAAAAGCAACAAGGAUCUUCGGAAUAUCGAUGUUGGUAUCUUUGGCCAUAUCAGUAUCUGCUGCAAAUGAGUGCUCAACAGUGAGAGCAUUCGUCUCAGCUUGCCAUCCAUUCGUCACGUACGGUACACCUGAUCCCUUUCCUGGAUCACCAUGCUGUGAUGCCAUGAUGGCCCUCAACGCCAUUGCGGACUCUGCCGAUGAUCGAAGAGUAAUAUGUGGAUGCAUGAUGGACCUCAUUACCACCUUCAAUCCCAAUGCCACUGCUAUUGCUACCUUGCCGGGCCUUUGUGGGGCCUCUUUGGGCUUCACAAUCGACCCAGAUACUGAUUGUAGCUUCAUAUCUUGAUUUGGGGUUACAAGAAAUGAAGUUGGAUUGUAGAAGAUACGGAAGAGAGAUCAAAUAAGAAGGCUGUCUUCAGCUGCAUAGAGGAGGAGAGGAGGGUUUGUAUUCAUGUUGUCUGUUAACGAUACAAAU